CCGACUGCCACACUAACCGCAAAUUGGUCCACGCGACACACGCUUUAUCGCCGCCUGAUCUUGACGUUUGGAGUCGCGGCGAAAGAGGGAAAGUGUUUUCCUGAAGGCACAGGUGCUAUGCUCAAUCGGCGUCUGCUCGGUGUUUAUUGCACUGGACAUCAGUUUUUGUGUUGACAAUGACUUAGCGUUGAACUGUGCUGCAUUAUAUAAGCAUCGAGUCAGAAGGGUUUUAUCAUCCAGAAUUAGAAAAAUACACAACUCAUAGAAGAUAGCCUAGAUACAUCCGCAAAGAUAAAGUGUAUUGUGUAAAUAGACGAAAAACACCCGUUCUUGAAAUUCGGUUCACCAGCAGUCUCUAACCGGUCCGAGGUUCUCCGCAAGCCGGUGACUUCGGAAGGGCGCCGGGCACACCGUGCGUGUCUAUUGGUCGCGGUGGUCGUCCUCGCCGCAGCGCUGGAGGGCAUGAACGGUAGCGGCGGCGGUGGCGGUGCCCUCGGCUACCCCACCACGGAGAAGGGCGCGCGGAAGCCCAAGUGUGCUCGCUGCAGGAACCACGGCAUGAUUAGCUGGCUCAAGGGGCACAAACGCCAUUGCAAGUUCAAGGAUUGUACGUGUGCGCGAUGCAACCUCAUCGCCGAGCGCCAGCGAGUGAUGGCAGCGCAGACUCUCUUUGAAUGGCUGUGUGUUUGUAGAAGUCCAUCACCCGAGGGAAUGGGGCGAGAAGGGCCGGACACAAUUGCUUGUAGCGAUGGAGGCGAGUCGGUAUUUCCUUUGCCAAACAUGUAUCCCGACAAUAACCGCCUUGUAUCCGCAGACGGCGAGGUGGAGGGCGUCCUCGCGGAGGACGACUGCAGCAGCGACGUGAGCGUGUCAUCGCCCGGGCUCGUCGCGUCCCCCGCCAUGUCGCCCACUUCUACCUCAGGCUCCACUCUGCCCGACGAUGAAGGUGCCACCGCCGCCGCUGCCGCCGUCUCCCGCACGCCGCCCAACCUACCCGUCCACACCUCCGCCCACGUCACCGCCCACGUGACAUCGCACGUCACCACACACGUCGCCAGCCAUGUCACGGCCCCGCAUAUCCCGCACCUGCCGGCGUCCGCGAAGGCGCCGCAAGAGCCCUCCGCCGCGGAGGUCCCUGCCGCACCCGCCAUGCCGCAGCAGACCGCCGGCGCCGGCCCGGGUGUCGAGAGCCAAAGGCCCGCCGAGGGUCGCGUGGAGCCGCCCGCAAGUCGCGAGGCCACGACGUCCAUGGAGUGCGAGAGCACGGCGGAGAUGCGCAAGGAGGACGCGGCCGGUGGCCUGGACGGCGUGGACAUCCUCAUGAGGAUCUUCCCUGGCGAGCGGCGCGGCGUCCUGGAGCUGGUCUUAGCGGGGUGCGGAGGAGAUCUACUGCGGGCGAUCGAGCACUUCCUGUCCGUGGGCGAGGUGCUGCGCCGCCCGUCCCCUGGGAUCGGCCUGUCCCGCUCCCUCCACGACCCGCCCAUGCAGCCCAUGUCUCCGCCCAAGCCGAGCCUCGGCAGCGCCAAGUCGGCCUUCACGCCGCUCUCGAGCGCCAGCCUCCCUCCGCCGGCGCACCAGAGCUCGUACCUCGGGCCGGGCGUUCCCCGCGCCUCGCUCUACGGCGACACGCGCUUCGCCCCCCCUCUCCUGCCCAUCUCGUACCCGCCACUGCUGCCCCCGCUGCUGCCCUGCCUUCCCCCCCUCCCCCUCCAUCGCCACUACCCCCACGACUCGUCGCCCGACCCCACCGAACUCCCGGACCCCAUCCGAGGCCGGGACCCCGUCGCCGACUACAGCGUCCGCCACGACCUCCUCGUCCGCCCCGACCUCCGCCUCAACCUCGACCUCCGGCCUGACCUCCGGCUGCGCUCCCCCGCCGCCGAGGAUAGCGCCUGAGGGGCGCCGCCGCCAACGGGCCUUCGUGGAAGUGAUCUGGUUGACGCGGCAAAUUCAUCCUGAAAUAUAAUAAGCGACAAAAAUAUAUAUCAAUAUAAAAGAAUCAUCCGUUGCAGUGUAGUGCGGAUAACGAAUUAAUUUAAAUAUUGUUAUUCUUUAUUAGUUACUGCUAAUUUGAAACAAAUAUCAAUCGUAAGCUAUAAGACUUAGAAUUAGGGAAAAAAAAUUGUAGUGUAGAGAAUAUUUCAUGAUGAAAUCGCAUUGACAGACAACGCAAAGAGAAGUGAAGUGGAACAAAAAUUCUUCCUUUUUUUUUUUUUUUUUCUCUCUUUCUGUUUUUUCUCCCUCGAGGUCCUAUACAAUGAGAAGUAAAUAUAUGAUAGUAACCAUGCAAAUGUAUGUAUUAUAGAUAAGUAGAUUUUAUUAUAUCAAGUGGGGGUAUUUUCUGUAUAUUUUGAAGCAAACAAAACAAUUUACAAAACCGACCCAUAAAUCUCUAGGUAGGUUGCAUCAUUCUUGUUAUUUCUCUGUUUUCACCUUUGGCGAUCUCGUCAGUUAGGAAACGGAGAUGUGAAAAGUGUGAUAUUCUUUUCAUUUUUAUACCGAGAAUCAUGUUGUCCAAAUUAACAAUAUGUCCAGAUUGUUUUUAGCUCGAAUCAUCCUGAAUUCGCUUUUCAGCGGUAGCAAAUUAAAAUUGUAUAUUUUAUUAGUUUCACUGAUGUUUAUACCUGAUGAAAUUUUUGCGUUAUUUAACUGUUGUAUGAGGAUUAUACAUGUAUUAAUAAUCUUAAACAUUUUUAACUUGUCUGUUUGGUCACCCCAUUUCUCUCCCCCCCCCUCUCUCUCUCUCUCU